AUGGCUGAGACAUACGACCUCCGCGACUACGACUCCCAGGAGGAUGCACAAGACGUUCCGUACUCUAACUUGGUGUCUGCUGCUUGUCUCAUUGCUGAUCUCUUUGAGAAGGCUGGUAUUCUAUACGCUGUGAUGGGGGGCUUCGCGCUCAAGUUGAUGGGAUCUACACGUGAUACCAACGAUGUUGAUAUCGCCUUUCAGGCGCCGGGAAAAAUGAGGGAAUUGUGGAGCAUUGUGGAAAAGGAGCCUCGGUUGGUGGUUGCAAAUGGUCUUAGACGCAUUUAUUUCGGUAUCAUGAGAGUAUUUGUCAAGACUGGUACUGGUUAUGUGAAUUAA